AUGGCGAGGUCUGGAAACGACCUAACCCGAUCGGUGAUGCUGUCGCUUACGCCUGACCAUUUUGAACCGCGCACCUUCCUGCAACCGCCGUCUUGCAACCUAUGUCUCAGGGGUUGCUCACUGACUUUCUAUCUACAGUCGCACACAAGACAGAAAAAAUCCGACAAAACCACUGCCAACAUCACAACUACAAACCCAACCCAACCACGUCCUCUUAUUGGGCACACCAUCCCGCCGGGCGCAUCCCAAUCAACCUACAAGAUGGGCGACACCGACGAUAAAGGCCAUGUUGAAAAGGGAAUUCGUAAGGUUCGUCAAGAUUUACAAGCGAUGCGCGACCUCCGAGAGCUUGUAAAGCUUAAGGCACAGUUAGCGGAGGAGCAAAAUAAGCUACAAGAAGAGCAGGCACGCCUCGACAAAGCCCAAAAAGGUGUGGGCCCCGAUGCUUUUGGUUCUAUCAGUCGCCAGCCCUCAAUGGCGUCUGACUUCUCUGUUGCUCUGGAUGACUUGAUACGACCUUUUCGGGAUUCAAGUAUUGUGAUAGCGACACCAACCGACAUCGACCAGUUCGAAAACAACAACAUAGCUACUAGUGGCCCUACACCGGUGACUUGUAAGCGGGUACGAUCAGAGGCUAGUCCUCCAGCGCUCCAAGAGCCUUACACCCCGGCAACAGACCCGGCAUCAUAUGCACCUGAACCAGUGCAAAUGAACAUCGGCCAUAUUGGGCAAGAACCAUCAGCAAAGAGAAUACGGGCUGACGAAGCUGCCGCUACGCUUGACCUACCUAGGUCCUCUCUCCGCAAAUUGCCACUCGGAGAGGGGGAACACAAGACAGGAAUGAGGGGAUUUUUCUCCGAAAGCGGUUUCGGAAUGUGA